UCAUAUAUUAUAGAAUACAUUUAGCCCUUCCGGGCAGGCUUUUUCAGAGUUCUCCAAUUUAGAAAAUCCCUAUUUCGAGUCCACGAACAUGUCCCAUUGGCUCUUCAGGGAUCUGGCUAAAAACUUUUGAUUUGACGUCUGGCCAGCGUAGUAGAACUCAAAUCCCACUUCAUCGGCGGAGUCAAGAAAGAUGUAGCAGGCGAGAAAGUCGAGCAGGAGCAUCGUGGAGCAGAGUGGCAUGUCCAGGAUCGGCGGCAGGUUCUCCCAAUAGCCGGAGAUGACCUGCGCCUGGAACACAAUCAGGGGGCACAUAACUUGCCAGAGCACAAAGUGAGUGGCUACUUCAUAGGAGUAAAUCAGAUCAGGCACGUGGACACAAACGGCGGCCAUUAGGACGCAGGAGAACACAACGAAUAUGAACCAGGUGAGGAACAGGUAGGCUAUUGUGGGGCAAUCGGCCAGCAGAAAAGAGCCGACCAGCAGGAGCAGCGCCAUCAUGACGAGAAUCUCCAGGCUCACGAGCAGGACGUGUGCCGCCCGCUGACUUGAAAGGAUGGACACCGUGCCCAGUGCCAGGCAGGCUGCGCUGCAGCAGCUGACUAUCCAGUUGAAUGGGAACUUCCGGCGCAGCCAAGUCACGUUGACAUAGGUGCACAGGCUGGCCAAUCCGAUGACAAAGAAGCAAUAGGUGGCCACCACAUCCGGCACCAGGGAAUAUCGCUUGAACAGGCCCGGCAAGAUGAUCAACCCAAUGGCCAGGACGAUGUACACCAUGGCGAUGCCGUAGACGCACUGGCGCACCUUGAGCCGGAGGCGCACGUCGCCAUCGCCUGGCUGAUCACUCAUCGAUGUGGGCAAUUUCCUCGUUUUCUGGUCGACUCCCGGCGCCCGUGUCAAGUGUCAAAGGCGACAGCUCGGCCUGACAGCCAGUAUGUUAGGUGUAACCAGAUCGGUAUCAGCCCCAAAUUUCAGCGUGCGAUCCGUUGGAUCCUAUAGCUCCAAGAGCAAUUACGAGGCUAAUCCUAGUCUGCUUGAAAGCCAGUUUUCGGAAGGGGAGCGUUUUGUGGAGGCGUGCACCAGCAUCGACCUUUUUCCAAAGAGACGGAAACCCUCCACCUGCAUUUUCCGAGCCUACGUCUUCUUGCUGUUGGUCAUCCAGGUGGUCCUGGCAUCCCUCCAGUGGGUCGGCUCCACGUACCGCUGGAGACCCCAGCUGAAUGCGGCCAACCGCGGCCUGUCCGUCCUGCUGCUCCUGCUUUCGUGGAUUAACCUGACGCUGGCCUUUAUUGGCUUCCGGCGGCUGCAGUUCACCUUCCCGCUCAAUUGGAUCAUCUUUGGGUGCAUGUUCGAGAGCCUCACGCUGCUGGUGGUGUGUCUGCACAUCCUCGAACAGGACCUAACCUGGCCAUUUGUGCUGAUUGGCAUUGCUGUGCUGGUUGUCUACACGCUGCUGGGGCUGUGGGUGCCCGGAUUCCUCACCGCCAACUUGUGGAUCCUCAUCCUGGCGAGCAUUGUGGUCUUCCUGGUCUCGACAGUGGCCUUGAGCGUUCGCCUGGAGAUGCGCUACUACGUGCCCGCCAGCGUCUGCUUGGUGUUCUUCGGACCCUGGGCCAUGUACAACUCCCAGAAGCUCUUCCUGCGCCACAAGCGGUCUCGCUACUUAACUCACCAGUACAUGGAGGCGUCCGCCAAGAUGUUCAUCAACUACGCCUUCACUGUGAGUGGCAUUAUAUUCGCACACCGCUUCUCGGUGGACACCUUGGAUGCCCACAAAUAGGAUAUGGCGAUUGCUUGGUUGGUACUUAUGUGGUUUAGUUUUUUGUAAGUCCUUCUUAGUGCUCCGCACAAUUAAAUUAGGUGUCGCAAAAUUGUUUGUAAUUGCCCAACAAU